AUGGCCUCUUCCCUGCCUCCUGUCCGUAUCAUAUUUUGGACUCGAUGGUUUAAUAGCCUUAUGUUCGAUGGCAACGAUAAGAAUAUUGGUGAUGAGUGCCCUGUACCAGAAGGCUUUGUCUUCAAUAUAUCAAGCGGUGAACCUUGGUGUACAAUCACACCAGACCUAAAUAACCCGGAAGAUGCCUCGGCCUUACUGUUUCAUGCAGCAGACUAUGCACCCAGUCAGGUACCUAGACGCAUCGACAAUCAGCCAUGGAUUCUAGAAACCCAAGAAUCUCCAAUAACAGCAAGCUUCCGAACAAACGAAGGACUCAUGGAGCCAUUUGAUUUCCUUGCUUCUUAUCACUUAAAAAGUGACUUUCUUUUCACCUACUUCUCUCCUUAUGUGUACGAAGUCGCCAAUAGGCCCCUACCCGACGAUUUCAUGAAGAAAAAGACAACACGAGCACCAAUUCUGUGGAUUGCCAAGAAUUGUUAUGCCACAAGCGGACGUCAGACAUAUGUCGCCGAACUGAUGAAAUAUAUUAAAGUCGACAGCUACGGGCCUUGUUUGAACAACAUGGAGUUCACAGAAAAUUUAACGAGAACUGACUUGAUGGCCGAAUAUAAAUUCUAUCUAGCUAUCGAAAACGCCAACUGCGAUGACUAUGUUACCGAAAAGCUAUUUGACACCCUUGUCCUUUCGACCGUACCAAUCGUAGAUGGUCCAGAUUCAUAUGACAGCUUCUUGCCGAAUAGCAAAGCUGGAAUCCGAAUGGACAAAUACCCUGAUCCACGAGAUUUAGCAGCAUAUAUUGAUUAUCUUGACAAAAACGAUACUGCCUAUCUUGAGCAUCUGUCACACCAACGGGACGCACAAACUCUGCCCGCCAAGGAACGUCUUUCUCCUGCAUUUAUUGACAACUGGAGAGAUUAUGGCUUGCACACGAAUAGAUCAGAUUGGUGUUCUGUGUGCCGAGGAGUUGCACCCAUCUGGCGCGGCCGAGUUGAACCUUAUUACACAUACGUACCAGCUGUAGAGCGCAAAGAUAGAUUCCUAAUCGACCGAUCGUGCAAUAAACCGGGAAAGUGGGACUAUGCAUCUAGUGGACCUCCGUAUAUUGCACCCUGGGCACAAGUACCACAUGAAGGAGUUGAUUCUGUUCAAUUGGGCGGGGAUUCGACACAUGGAGAGGUAGUAGGAGAUCAAGUAUGGUCUAUACUGUCUAUCUGGAAAUUAGAAAUUGUAAUUUGUGUUUUAUUCUUAUCUUUUAUCGCAUCGAUGCUUUAUAAGCGUCAUAUGUUCAUCUGCCUACAGCAAAGAAGUUCCUUACCAAAAUAGAUCAAUUUCACCAUUCUUUAUUUUAUCUUAUUUCAAAUAUAUAUAUAAAUAAAGAGACACACACACAUAUAGAGAUAAUCAAAAACUCUUAUUUUCGCUAUUAUAUAC